AUGUCUUUCCCUAAGCCUCCCUUUGAUCCCGAGCUGGCAGCCUUGAUGGCUGCCAAUCCUGGAAUGAAUGACCCCGAUCUAACACCAGAGACACUUCCUUUCCUGAGAACGUUCUUUGAAAACAUCAACCCAUUGGAGACAAUUCUCGCUGGAAAGUCGAUCACACAUGAACAGCACACUGUCGCUGUCCCAGGCGGUGAGAUUAUACUAUCUGUCUUCAAGCCUGUUGGCGCAAAGGAACCGACUCCAGGUAUCUACUUCAUCCACGGUGGUGGCAUGGCUAUGGGAAAUCGCUUCGCCGGGUUGCCCCAGAUUGAUAGCUGGGUUGAGAAAUUCGGUGCCACAAUUAUUGCCGUCGAGUAUCGACUGGCGCCCGAGCAUCAGUAUCCAAUCCCCCUUGACGAUUCCUAUGCCGGCUUGAAGUGGGUGGGAGAGCACCUCACCGAGCUAGGAAUUGACGGGUCGCGAUUAAUGACUGCUGGGCAUUCUGCCGGUGGCAAUCUUGCAUUGGCGGUAGCUCUACGAGCUCGCGAUGAGAACGGUCCUAAGAUCUGCGGUCAAUUAUUGUUGUGCCCCAUGCUCGACCAUCGCAACGAAUCUAUUUCUGUUAAGCAGUUCUUCACUGAAGGAUCAUGGACCGGUAAAAUCAACGAGGUAGCCUGGAACAUGUAUCUCGGUGAUCAUGGAAAGGGUGAGGGCGCCAAGGUAGACAUUCUGGCUUCGCCAGGUCUUGCUGAAGUAGCCGACCUUGUGGGACUGCCUGCCACUUUUAUUGAUGUGGGCUCGGCUGAGCCCUUCCGUGAUGAGGAUAUUGCGCUUGCUGGCAAACUUUCGCAGGCGGGCGUGUCGACAGAGCUCCAUGUAUGGCCCGGUGCUUUCCACGGAUUCGAUUCUUAUUUCCUAGAUGCUGCCCUGUCGAAGCGAUCCGCCGCAGCCCGAACAGGUUGGGCUGGAAGCAUUCUAUCUAAAAAAGAAUAG